AUGGACGCCCUCUCGAGCUCGCUGACGACGAUGACGACGCGCGUGUCGGAUGCGAUGCGAUCGACGUCGAGUCAGGGAACCGCCGUGACCGCGUCGAGCGCGAUCGGCGACGUGGGAGAGAGCGAGUUACAAAAGAUCGCGGCCAAGCGGUCGAAUCGGUUCGUCGAGACGUUCGGUCGGCAGUGCGUCGACGCGACGCGAGCGAACGUGCGAGACGCCGAGGAACGGUUGCGGGAGACGGCGCUGAACGCGGCGAUCUCGUGCGAGGCGAGCGCGACGAGCGACUUGCCGACGCUGGAGCGGGCGACGAAGGCUAUGAGCUCGAGUGCGAAGUUGGCGCUUGAGGAGUACGAGCGACGGCGGAGUUUGCUUCCGAGUUUGAGAUACUCGCUGUUGGAGGACUUGUCGGAGAAGAAGUUGGCGUUAGAGAAGAAGAUAGAGGCGGCGAACGCGCCGAGGGAGCUGAAGAGGAGACAGGCACUCAAGGAUAUGAUGAGCAAGCCCGCGUGA